CUUCGGCCAUUCUUUUCUACUCACAUUUCAGGCUGCUCCACAUACGUUCUAUUGCACGACCCAAAGAGCAACUCUUGCGCACCCAAAAGGCUCCCCGUUUUAAUUUUACGGUGCGCGAAAUUUGAUGCCAUAUUUCAACGACCCUCAGCACUUAUCGAGUUUAUUUGAGACGACAACACACAGAAAUAUGUCCGAGCCAGCACUAACGAGUUCCCAACCUAACAACGUCAGCUCCAUCGUCCCUGGAUCCAUCUUUCAGGAUGAUAUACCACCACCGACACUCACGGACGGUUCUGGGGAUGUGUCCGCUCCUUCUUCACAGUAUACACCGCCUGACAUGGGAGCUGGUGACGAUGGGGGCACGACUCAGAUCAAAGUCAGUAACACGACUCAGAUUGUGUUGAUCUCUCUGGGGGCCGCUAUUGCGGUCUUGGUGCUGUUCGGUAUUGCGGCAUCGUUUUAUAUCUCGCACAAAAAUAAGAAGGCAGAGAGGUUGAAGCAGGAAGGCAAGCAUCCAGAUGGUAGUGCAGACAAUGGACAUCCCGAGGAUGAUACUAUUGGACACGAAGGUAUUGAAAGCGGCGAAAAAGGACAAGUCCAUACUGUUGAUACUGACACAGAUUCUGGAUCGGAGAUCGAGAGCACAGGCACAGGCAUAGGGACAGAGUACAGAGACGCAGGGCCAUCGAGUCCCAGUAUAGGACUAUCGAUGACUACCAGGGUUGGCGCCAACCCAUUUAUCACACCACGCAGUAGCCAAUCUGAAGCAUCAGGGCUCGCCGCAGCGGGAGUAACAGAAUCUUUGGUGGCAGCGGCAGCAAGGAGUGCAGGUCGCCCUAAUCCCUGGAACUCGAUCAUCGGUGUUGCACAGACCUACAGUGGAUCGCAGGGUAUGAUCCAUCCCCUUGAAACGGUAGGGCCACUGCAGCGUACAUCGAUGGUCAUGAACUUUUCGAACAUCGGUCCAAGAGCAUACGAUGAAGUCAUGACUUCAGCACCGAUAACUGUGAGCUCGAGUAACUAUAAUCGCUCGAAUCCCUUUCAGACCAAGAACAACAGCACCACAAUCCUCGAUAUCACGGCUGACCCGUCUUUUAAUGACCUACAGCAAUUGGAGAGCGAUAGUCAGGAAGCUCAAGAACAGGAGGCGAUCAUCGAUAGCCUUGCUAUAUCACAGGCCACUGCAGUUCUCGAUUCCACACUCGCUUCAGGAUCACUGUUUACGGUUCCCGGAGAAUGGUACAUCCCUAGACGAAGCCAAGACGACAACAAAACAUAUUGCUACACGUCAUCACACACCCCAGUCUCACCAUCUAUCGUCCUUGACGGCGCAGACAGCACCUCGUCCAUCUCCGGUGAUAUCUCCUACCAACCACCCCCGCGGCCCACAAGUCCCAUCAGUCGUCGCGGCCGCCUGCCUAACAAAGUUUGGGGGCCCACCGCUCAACCAUCAUCCCACGCCUUCAGAAACGGCGCCGCCGUCUUCGAGGGCGUGUCCAUCCCCCGCCCACAACAGGCUCGCUCACCUUCUCCCGAGCGACAACGACGACGACCCCAACGACGAUCCAUUGACGAUUCCGAAACCGUGAUCGUCUCUCUACCGAGUCCACGCGGCUGUCUCCUUGAGGCCAAAGAAGAAGAAGAAGAAGAAGAAGAAGAAAACGAAGGAGGACGGGGUCGAUUACAGAUUUCCCUGGGUCAGGAUGAUUCUCUAGGCGAUCUUCCCUACCUGGAGUAUGGGAUCCAUCCGCAACACCGAGGCCGUCCGCAGUUCCAGACGCUCACUCAUUCUUCAGACGAAAACAGCUCUCCUCAUGCGAACCCGAAAAUCGUCCGCAGGGUGUCUAAGCAACAGAAUGAGAGGGCAAAAGGGACAGUCAAGAAUACUUAUUUGGAUGAUUAUCGUGAAUCACGACAGCAACUGUCGCAAUAGCAGUAGUAGCAGCAGGAUCAGCAACAAUACAAGCAAUAUCGAUCACAUCAACUGCUGCAAACAAUCCAGUCUGGAUAGAAUCCUGUGGGACUGGAAGGCGAGUUGCGAAAAGGACCUGGG